UUCAGCUGAGAGGAAAUCCUUAGGAAAUGUGAGGCAUCAUCAUGCAGUGUGAUUUCAAGAGGCUAAUACGGUAUUGACAAACUGUUUUAGUAACGAGGCAAUUUUAUUGUGUUUGGUAACAAACAUAGUUGGGAUUGGAUACAUUAAGAGCGGGACAUAGAGCGUAAGCGGCCUUUGUUAGGUCAAAAUGUCGAUUCAGUACGAGGUGGAACAGCUGGCUGACAGCUACGGGGUUUCGGACUCGUUUCCCAAAGAUUUCGGUUACGGUGAAGAGGAGCCCGACAUCGAGGACAGCUCGGCCCCGUCGGACAGCAAACCAAGGAUCCUGCUCAUGGGUCUACGGCGAAGCGGUAAAUCAUCCAUACAGAAGGUGGUGUUUCACAAAAUGUCCCCAAACGAGACGUUGUUUUUGGAAAGCACCAACAAGAUCUACAAGGAUGACAUCUCCAGCAGCUCCUUCGUUAACUUCCAGAUCUGGGACUUCCCCGGCCAGGUGGACUUUCUAGACCCCACCUUUGACUAUGAGAUGAUCUUCAGGGGAACCGGAGCUCUGAUAUUUGUGAUUGAUGCUCAGGAUGACUACAUGGAGGCUCUGGGACGGCUCCAUCUCACGGUGUCACGGGCCUACAGGGUCAAUCCAGAGAUCAAUUUUGAGGUGUUCAUCCAUAAAGUUGACGGCCUUUCAGACGAUCACAAGAUUGAAACACAGAGAGAUAUUCAUCAGAGAGCCAAUGAUGAUCUGGCAGAUGCAAGUUUAGAGAAGCUACAUCUCAGCUUCUAUUUGACAAGUAUUUAUGACCACUCCAUCUUUGAGGCCUUCAGCAAAGUGGUGCAGAAGCUCAUCCCCCAGCUCCCCACUUUGGAGAACCUUCUAAAUAUCUUCAUUUCUAAUUCAGGGAUUGAAAAAGCCUUUCUGUUUGACGUGGUCAGUAAGAUCUACAUCGCCACAGACAGCUCGCCUGUAGAUAUGCAGUCCUAUGAACUGUGCUGUGAUAUGAUAGAUGUGGUGAUUGAUGUCUCCUGUAUAUAUGGUUUGAGGGAAGAUGGCAGUGGCAGCGCCUAUGACAAGGAGUCCAUGGCAAUCAUCAAGCUCAACAACACCACUGUGCUGUACCUCAAAGAGGUCACAAAGUUCCUCGCUCUGGUCUGCAUCCUGAGAGAGGAGAGCUUUGAGCGUAAAGGAUUAAUAGACUACAACUUCCAUUGUUUCCGGAAGGCCAUCCACGAAGUAUUUGAGGUUGGAGUUUCUGCUCAGCGUCCUUUAGGCUCACAGGCAGUGGGCUCACCCUGCAACAAGGCGGUGGCUUUGAACGGCACGCCGCGCAACACGGUGUAAACACUGCUGCAAGAUAAAUCAAGAAUAAAUAAAAACAUGGAAAACGAAGGAUAAAGGAAGGAAAGAUGGGGGUACGACACAGGGGCUCAGCAGCGCUCGAAUCACGUCCCCUUGCUCCCUAAAACACUGAUGGAUGCCUUGUUGGAGGAAUCAGCAGUGAAGCACAGACGGGGAGUUUGGGCAUCUGUUUUUAGGUGAAUGUUAAAGCACUGUGUCGGCUGUGUGGAGGUUGAGAAACUGCACCUGGACAGCAACAGCUUCAGCAUCUUUCCUCUAAAUUUCCUAAAGUGGCCAUAGGCUGCGACACUGAGCUGCUGGUUCUUCUUACGUGGACAAUGUGAAGCGGAAAGG